CUUUCUGUUUGGUGUGUUCCAAGUACAGCUCUUGACUGAAAUAAUGGAGUAGCAGAAGGCUGAGAAGAUAAACUUGUAUUCCGUCUGAUAAUGACAUAAAGAAACACAACAAUGAAGUUCGGAAUAUGCAUGGAUGGUUUCAAAAACUUUUUAAAUCAAAAGCUUCUUUGUCAUCUGAAAAAGUGUCGAGUGUCACAUCUUCACCCUCACAGACGGUCUCCUCUCCAGGAGCAGCCUGCUGUCAGCGCCAGUCCCUCUUGAACUCUGCAGCCCGAUGGACGCGUCCGUACGACGUGUUUGUGUGCCACAGCCACGAGCUCAGUGACACUGAGGAGGCGGAGCGCCUGGUGUCUUGCCUCGAGGCGCCGCCUCAUAACCUGAGGUGUUUUUUGUCUCACAGAGACUCCUGUCCUGGAGCAGCCAUACCUUCUGAGCUGUGUCAGGCUGUACAGAACAGCCACAUUAAGGUUCUGAUCAUCACAGAGCACUUCUUAAAGGAUGAAUGGUGCACUUAUGUUAUGCACCAAGCACUGGCAGAUGGACCUAUGUCAAACCGGAUGAUCCCCCUGGUGAGAAACUUACUGCACUCUGACUUUCCACCAGAGCUAAGAGUCUAUUCCUACACUGACCUCAACAGAAAUACAGAACACUGCUACACGAUGGUCACCAGGACUGUGCUUCAGUACUUGAAAGACUUGGUACGAAAUGAGAGUGACUUCAGCAGCAAGAACUCUGUACCAUAACAACAUACAACAUG